AUGGCGUCGAGCUCCAGCCUGAGGAGCUCCUGCUCCUUCCCCAACCUGCUGCUGUGGCUCCUCAACCUCUCCCUGCUCGCCCUCGCCGCCGCCGCGCUCGCCCCGGCGCUGCUGCUCCGGCCCCGCCCGACGCCCUUCGGCUGGGCGCUCCUCUCCGUGCACGCCGCCACGCUGCUCUCGGCGCUCGCGUCCCUACACGCCCACCUCGCCCACCGCCGCCUCUGCUGCCACGCCCACGCAGCCCUCGCGGUCGCCGCGCUCUGCGGCCACGCGCUCGCCUCCUACGCCCUGCUCCUCCGCCGCGACCGGAGCCUCGCGCUGCUCGCGUCGGCGAGGGACCGGAGGGAGCAGGUCGCGCUGGUGCUCCUGGAGGCGGCGCUGCUGCUGGCCAUGUUCCUGGUGCAGGCCGUGGCACUGGCGGCGGCCUGCGCCGUGGACCGGCGGUGGGCGAGGGAACACGAGGCGGCCGAGGCCGAGAAGGCCGCCGCGGCGAGGAAGCGCGAGAGGAAGAUGACGCGCGUGCGGGCUGAGGAGGCGCAGGCCGGCGUGGGGGCAGUGGACGAGGAGAAGGCGACGAGCGGCAAGGUGGUGCUCCCGGGAAACGCCGACGAGUGCUGA